UGAACCAAAAUUUAAAAAAUUUCACGAACUUGAGCUGGAUGACAGGAUACUGAAGUUUAUCAACUAAUUGAAAGUUAUUUUUUAUAUGACUUUCUGCUUUCGUUUCACAAUGAUAUUGUGACAUUGUGAUAUAUGAUAUGAAUCCGACUAAAGAAUGCAACGGACUGCCUAUCGAAGAAAUAAUAAUUCUAAGAGGACUAUUGAGUUUGUAUAUUUUUGGCACUCCAAGUUCUCGGAAGUAACCCAUCACUGCAAUGCUAUUACAAAACUAGGUUGGACGGAACCUACAUUAAUACAAGACAAAGUGAUACCUUUGUUAUUGGAAGGAAAGGAUCUCUUAAUCAAGGCUCGUACAGGUUCGGGUAAAACUGCUGCCUUUGUAGUACCACUUAUUCAGAAAAUAUUGAUAAACAAACGGAUACAAGAGAAACAGGAGAUCAAGGGCCUGAUCGUCGCACCUAGCAAGGAACUGUGUAGGCAAAUUCAUGAUGUUAUCGUGAGCCUAACAACAAAAUGCUGUAGGGAAGUCAGAACAGUUGAUCUUAGUUUACAAACGGAUUUAAAUGCGCAAAAACUUUUACUGAGAGAUAUGCCAGAUAUUGUUGUGGUUACACCGGGUCGAUUGCUACAGCAUUUAAAAGCAAAAAAUUUAAUGCUGAAACAUAGUCUCGAUACGUUUAUAAUUGAUGAAGCUGAUUUGCUAUUUUCAUUUGGAUACGAAAAGGACUUAAAAGCUGUAUUAGCUUAUUUACCAACAACAUAUCAAACAAUUUUGGCAUCUGCUACAUUGUCUGAAGAUGUUCAAAGUUUAAAAAAAUUAAUUCUUCACAAUCCUGCAAUUUUAAAGCUAGAAGAGCCACCAUUAGCUCCUCCUACACAAUUGGCUCACUAUACUUUGGCUGCAGAAGAAAAUGAUAAAGCUGCUAUUUUAUAUGCUUUAUUAAAAUUACAUUUAAUUAGGGGCAAAUCUAUAAUUUUUGUACAUACUGUGGAUAGAUGCUAUAAAUUGAAAUUAUUCUUAGAGCAAUUUGGUAUUCCAACUUGUGUUUUAAAUUCCGAAUUACCAGCAAAUUCAAGAUGUAGAGCGGUUUCACAAUUUAACAGUGGCACUUAUGAUAUUAUAAUAGCAUCGGAUGAGAAAGUACUAGAAGAGUCGCAUAUGAUAAAGAUGAAAAAAAGUAAACGAAAAAAAGACAAGGAAUCUGGUGUAACACGGGGCAUCGAUUUUCAAUUUGUAUCCAAUGUAAUCAACUUUGACUUCCCAUUGAAUUUAAACUCUUACGUACACAGAGCAGGGCGUACUGCUCGUGGAAAGAACCAUGGAACCGUUCUUAGCUUCGUAGCUAUUAAGGAAAAAUCAUUAAUGGAAAAAAUAGAACAAGAAUUGAAGCACACUUACCAUUGUGAGAAUCUAUUUAAAAUUUAUCAAUUUAAAUUGGAAGAAAUGGAAGGCUUUCGAUAUCGUGCGAAAGAUGCUUGGAAAGCCGUUACAAGGAUUGCUGUUCGAGAAGCGAGAUUGAAAGAAAUUAAACAAGAAGUUAUAAAUUGUGAAAAGCUAAAAAGUUAUUUUGAGGAUAAUCCACGAGACUUGAAAUCAUUACGGCAAGACAAGACGUUGCAUACUGUGAAACUUCAACCACAUUUAAAAGAUGUGCCUGAAUAUAUAAUACCACCCACUUUGAAGAAAAUCAUGGGAAUAGGAAGAAGAAAAAGAAAAUUUGAUAGAGAUUCUGUAUCAGGAGCAACAACCAAAUCAAGAUAUCUAGCACGUGCUUCAAAUCCAUUGAUAAGUUUACAGAUACCAGGAAAUAAGUCUCUGUAAUAAGUUCGUCAAAAUUAUAGUAU